ACCCGGGGAAUUAAAAGAGAGAGGGAAAAGCUCCCGCAGAAACGUGCGGCUCGCGUCCCUCGGCCGCGGCGUGAUGCGCACGGCCCGGCCCGUGACGCCGCGGCCACCCCGUCUCCGCGCCCCAGCUGCCAUCGCGCGCCUGGCUCUGGGAACCCGGUGUCCGUCUUCGCUCCCUAUGGGGCUGCGCCGCUGGCUACCGAGCGCCUGCUGCUGCUGCUGCUGCCCGUGCCGGUGCCUGGAGGAGCCCGCGCGGCCGGAGAAGGAGCCGCUGGUCAGUGGUAACAAUCCGUAUUCCUCAUUUGGAGCAACUCUGGAGAGGGAUGAUGAAAAGAAUUUAUGGAGUAUGCCUCAUGAUGUGUCCCACACAGAGGCAGACGAUGACAGGAUCUUGUAUAAUCUGAUAGUCAUUCGUAAUCAGCAGACUAAAGACUCAGAGGAGUGGCAGAGACUCAACUAUGAUAUCUACACGCUGCGACAGAUUCGCAGGGAAGUGAGAAACAGAUGGAGGCGAAUCCUCGAAGACUUGGGUUUUCAAAGGGAAGCCGACUCUUUGCUGUCAGUGACCAAACUCAGCACCAUGAGUGAUUCUAAAAACACAAGAAAAGCCCGAGAGAUGCUGUUGAAACUGGCUGAAGAGACCUCCAUCUUCCCAGCCAGCUGGGAGCUCUCUGAGAGGUAUCUCUUGGUUGUGGACUGUCCCAUUGCUCUGGAUGCUGCCGAGGAGUUCUUUAAGAUUGCUAGCCGAACUUACCCCAAGAAGCCAGGGAUCCCAUGCCUGGCAGACGGCCAGAAAAAACUGCACUACCUUCCGUUUCCAAGUCCCUAAAGGAUGGCCUGGAAGAAGAUCAGAGUUCUUUCACCAUGACACCGCAAUUUACCAAAGCUGGACCACCACCUGUGGUUGCAAGUGAGCCAGGAGACGGCUUUCUACACUCAGACACAAUCCUGAAUCCUACAAAAUACACGGUCUU